AUGUCUGGCGUCCAGCUACAGAUCCCCGGUGACGCGCCGGCAUUUGCUGGUCAAGUCGUUGAGAUACUCAACUCAGUACUUGGGUCCUCUUCACAAAAGCUGUCAUCAGUGGAUGCAGCCAAAGCAAUCGACGAGUUAUUCAAUCAGCAAUACCAAAAAGACGGCACUGCGGGUUCAUUCCUCUGGUGGUUUUGGGAUCUUGUCCAUGACCUUGCUCUGCAAAUUCCCUAUAAUAGCCAGGAGCAAGAGCGACUCACAACAGUUAUCAAAUCUCUCCACGAACUUCCCCCAAAGACAGUAAGCUUGGGCCAGGAAUGGGGCUCUGAUGGCGCGGAUUCUGUUCCUGUCUGGACGGGCUUACCCAUGUUUGCUAACACCUUCCGAGAAAAGCUCGAUACUGUGAAUUUGCAGACUUCCGAAGAACAGAACAAGCAAAAAGCCAUCAAUCUCCAGGCCUAUGCCGCAAGAGUCGCAGGACUCGGCCUUGUACCCUUUGAGAUUUACGCGAUCUGGGCUUUGGUCGAUGCCUUGGAGGGCACGAUGAAGCCCAUCCGAGGUGGCCCGGAUGAGAUCGACUCGGACCCUUCUGCCGUACCGGAUAUCUCCUUAAAAGUCGCGAUCGCUGCGAACUGGAUAAAAUUCGCUGGCCAUCGUCUGCACGGGCGGGAUGAAGAGGUGCAUGGAGCUACGGUCGGCCCACUUUGGAAGCUGGACAAGAAGGAGGCUGUCAAGCUGCGUCGCAAGCUUCGCGGAACUGAUGGACUCUGCCCGGAAAGAUGGGCUCUAUGGGAGGAGAGAUUCGCGGCUGUCCGGGAUGCGAAAGAUGUUGAUGAUGCCGCCCGCGAAAAUGCAAAGGCUGCAUUUCAUGUGAUGGAGCAGAUUGAACAGGGUGGCAAGUGA